UUAUACGUUGGAAUACCCAAACUUAGAUCUUUCCAUCUUGUACCUGCAGGAGGCGGGAUAUUUAUUUAUUUGAAAGCAAUGGCUGUUGUUUUCCACAAUCUCAAUGGUGCGUCUGGCCUCCAGAAACUCAAUGACUAUCUUCUUACCCGCAGUUAUAUUACUGGUUACCAAGCUUCAAAGGAUGAUAUUGCUGUGUAUGGUGCACUUAAUGCAGCUCUGUCUUCGGACUAUAUCAAUGUAGCUAGGUGGUAUAACCACAUUGAUGCUCUUCUCAAGUUGUGUGGUAUCUCUGAGGAAGGCAAUGGUGUGAAGAUUGAAUCAUUUGAGGAGGCCCCAUGCUCCCGUGUUGCUGGUGGCAAGGCCUCAGCAGCGGAGGAUGAUGACGAUGACAUGGAUUUGUUUGGUGAAGAGACUGAAGAGGAAAAGAAGGCAGCUGAAGAGCGUGCAGCAGCUGUCAAAGCAUCUGGAAAGAAGAAAGAAUCUGGAAAGUCUUCAGUACUUCUUGAUGUAAAACCAUGGGAUGAUGAAACAGACAUGCAAAAGCUUGAAGAAGCUGUGAGGAGUGUCGGGAUGGAGGGUUUGCUUUGGGGAGCCUCAAAACUUGCCCCGGUCGGGUAUGGUAUCAAAAAAUUGCAGAUCAUGUUGACUGUUGUGGAUGACUUGGUCUCUGUUGACAACCUUAUUGAGGACUAUCUCUUGGUUGAACCAGCAAAUGAGUACAUCCAGAGCUGUGAUAUUGUGGCAUUCAACAAAAUAUAGGACUGUUGUUUUGUUGCCUUGGAGACACUUGAAAGGCCCUGGUUUCACAUGUCUGAAGUAAUCUUGGCUGGUGAUCCUGUAGCUGAGCUCCAAUUCUUUUUCCUAGGUAAAAAAAUAAGUUAUUAUUUUUCUAGAACAUGCUCUGAUAGACAUUUAUGAAACACUGCGGUUAUCAUAUCUGGUCCUAUGAGUUUAUCAAACCCCCUCUUUAUUAUA